CAAAAUGCCGCUAAUUGGUAACAUUGACCCUUUUGUUCCGAACUCCAUUUCAUUUGCUCAAUAUGUGGAGCAAAUGGAAUGGGCUUUUCGUUGCAAUAAAAUUGCAGAUGCCGAUCGUAAAACAUAUUUUUUGGCUAUGUGUGGGCAAGAAACUUAUAGCGAAUUAAAAUUGCUUCAUCCAGGUCAGGAUUUGCAAGCCCAAACGUAUACGGAUAUCAUAACUUCUCUUAAAAAACGAUUCGACAAGGUUGAAACAGAUAUGUUUCAACGUUACAAAUUCUAUAUUAUGGCGCAAGAGGAAAGUCAGAAGGCGGAGGAUUUUAUACUUAACGUAAAAUUACAAGCUGAAAGUUGUGCUUUCGGUGAUUUUAAAGACACGGCGAUCCGUGAUAAAUUAGUAAUGGGCGUUUAUGAUAAAGAUGUUCAACAAAAACUACUGGAACUUGAGGAUUUGACAUUAGCACGAGUUGAGAAAAUUAUCGUCAACACUGAGAGCGCGGGAAUAAGAGCUCGCGAAAUUAAUGAUAGGCGAUUAACUGUUGUUGCUAAUGUGGAUACUAAAGAAAGGAAUGUUUUUAAUUCAGAUCACCGAUCAAGGAAUCGCGAGGUUAGAUCUCCUGAUAAUAGAAAUCGUAAUUUCCGCAACAAUCGCAACCGAAGUAGAAGUCGCUCUAUUUCUGGUAGCCGGCGUUCGUUCUACUGUACUUUUUGUAACAAAACUGGGCACACUAAAAAAUAUUGUUACGAAUUAAGAAAUAAAAAAAGGAAUUUACGUGUUAAUUUUGUAUCAAGUCCAGUAGCACAGACGUCGAGUAGCACAGACUAUUUCAAACGGCUUCGAGAAGAAGUAAAAACCAGUGAAUCGGAGUCAGAUGAGGAAACAUGCAUGCAGAUUACUUCUAUUAAUAAAAUCAGUGAACCUUGUGUGGUAGAGGUUCAGAUUGAAGGUUGUAAUUUACGAAUGGAAAUUGAUAGCGGUUCGGCGGUGUCGGUUAUUGAUGAGAACGAUUUUAAGCAGAUUCUGGGCCAUUUGCAUCUAGCGCCGUACAAAAAUCAGCUGGUUGUUGUGGAUGGCGCUAAACUCCAGGUUUUGGGUGUGGUGAAGGUAGAAGUCUUCAUGCAGGGCCUUGGAAGGAACAACCUAGAAUUAGUUGUGCUGAGAAAUAAUCAAAAUUUACGAAGAAUUACUCCUCUUUUUGGCCGCAAAUGGCUUGAUGUUUUUUUCUCAGGUUGGAGAGCCACAUUUACAUUCUCUUCGGUGAACCAGAUAUCUACCAAUGUAAGAAUUGGUGAGGUGGUGGAAGAUAUCAAAUUCGGUUACAAAGCAGAGUUGUUUUUGAAGGAAGAUAGACCAAUAUUCAAAAAGGCGUAUGGGGUUCCUUUACGUUUGAGGCAAAAAGUUAUUGAUCAUCUGGAUUUUCUUGAGAAGGAGGGAGUUAUCACUCCUGUUGAGGUUUCACUCAGCGGCAGAUUGGUCCUGGCACACAGGCAGCAAUUGCGUUUGGCCGAAAAGAAUCGAAAACGAACAGGGGCGGUAAUCGUAUCAGAUCUUUGCCCGGAGGUUCGAUCCUUUAAGCGCAGACGAGAGGAUGAUUAUGUGGAGCGGAGCGACAGUUUACAGGUACAAAAAGGCGAAACAGUUUUUGUCUCGCAAGAGGCGAUCGAAAAUGAAGAUGGUUCCGAUUCAUCAGAGGAUUUCUACGGGUUCCCAGCGGAUUCUUUCUUGUUUGGCGAUCGAAACAGGCCAGAUGACAUCGGUGAUUCCGAGCAGAUACCGGCAGAAAUUUCUCGAUUAACAUCGGAUCAGGAAAACGUAGCGGAAAAUUCGAGAAGUAAUUUAAGAAGAUCGAAACGAAGAAAACGAGAGAAGAAACAUGAUCAAUAUUAUUAUUAUUAG